AUGUACCCCCGAAACCGGGCGAACAUCCUGCAGAAGUGCCUUCAUUUGGGCCAUCUCGGACGCAAGGUGGUCCAUCCGUGCAGACAACCCUGCAGGCACCCUACGCUUCCUCUGCGGAGCCGAGGAAGCAGUGGACACAGCCGCACGCUUAGACCCAGAGGGCUGGGCAGCAGGUGGCAGGCAGGGCGGCACCUCCGAAGAGCCCUCAUCCGGAUCCAGGGCCGCCAGGCGCUCCACGCGUACAGAGAGUGGCAGUACCGCACAAUUGGAGCAGGCGUCCACCGUCUGAAUGGACGGCCGGUCUGCACAGUUCGAGACGACUGGUUUGUGUCUUCCUCGUUGUUCCCUCACCCUCUCCUCAAAGCGAACACCUGCAGGAGAACCCAGGAUCUGCCGCUCGCUCGCAGUCUCUACGCCUCCAGCUCCGGCAGAAACAAACCAGGUUUGCUGUCUGAGAUGUGGCGCGACGAGCUAAAGGAGCUAGCAGCGCGGAUUUCAGCGACUUCAAAGCCACAAAAGGACAAAAAAGAGGAGGGACCCGCGGAAGACGAGCCGAUCCGCCGUCAGACCCAGUAUUCCUCCGAGACUGGACGCCUCAUUCCUGCCUCCUCCAGAUCCUUCAGAUCCUCCACCUCGUCCCGAUCCUCGCACCGGCGCUCAUACUCCCGCCUGCAGUCCUCGGCUCAUCCUCAGGCGCUGCACGACCAGGAGCUCAAGGUGCUGGAGCUGCUGUGCCAGAUCCUCCAGACGGACUCUCUCUCCACGGUGCAGAACUGGCUGCUCUUGUCUGGACAGAGAGAGAAGGAUCUGGUGAUGGGGAUGCUGAAGCAGGCUCUGGGGGGGAUGGAGACCUUCAGGACCUACCCUGACCUCCCCCCACACCUCUCUCCCAACCUGGAUCCAGCCUGGCCCCCACCACCACAGCCGAGGACCAGCUCGAACAGACCUCCUCUCUCAGCCGACAAACCAGAGAGAAUCGGAGAAGCAGAAGUCUUCCACGUCCACGUUCCAAACCAGAGUCUGGAUGACAUCACCGAGCAAUAA